GUACCAGAACUGGAAGCAGAUAGGCAGUUGACAGAUGAUGGCCAGACAUAUGCCAAGGAACAGUUGCGGGUGAAACCUAAUGGAGCAAAGCUACUCGGGCUCUCUUGGGAUAAGGUGUUUACUUUAUUUCAGUUUAGUUUAUUUCAGCACAGAAAACGAAAUUUGGUCUGUACAGUUACUCUUAUUUGCCACGACUCUUUUUGUACGGAGUAUUUUGUCACCAUACCUGAAGUUCCAACAACUUUUACCAAAAGUUUGAAUUUUGAGCAAAACCAUAUUAGACAGCUGUUUUUUUGAAGUUCGCGAGUACUUUAAGUAGUUCGAAAUCAGAUUGCUCUUGUGUAUUAGAAAGAGAAAGGAAGAAAGUAAAUGGUGAUCUAUUACGUGGCUAAAAAUACCCUUUUCCCUUUCCAGCAUUUGCUAUGCGCGCUGCACUCCUUUUGGUGAACAACACGUUUCCAACAGAUAAAAAAAAUUAUUUCAUCGAGCGAGUUUGAUCUCAGAUGUUGGAAAGGUCGUUCCGUUCUUGUUUGUGUUUAUUAUAUUAUUAUUAUUAUUAUUAUUAUUAUUAUUAUUAAUAAUAAUCUUUUAAAUCAGUCACCAGCAAUUACGAUUCAGGAAUUUUCGGUAAGUGACGAAAUGGUUCUUAAUCGAAUAUGCAGUAGUUCGCUAAACGAGACCAUAAUUUUCUCCGCUUCGCCACGCCAGUUUGAACGAGAAUAGCGCAUACAAACAAGAGCGGAAGGACUUCUUAGUGAUCAAAGAUCACCCUCGCUCUAAAUAACCCUUUUUUUGUUUUAGAAACAUGUUGUUCACCAGAAGUAUAUCGGCGCGCAUCGCAGAUCCCGCAAAGAGAAAAUUAGGGUAUUUUUUGCCACGUAAUAGAUCGCCACAAGGGAUCGCCAUCCUUCCUCUCUCUUUCUAAACAGGGACAAGUGUUAAGAGCAAUCUAAUUUCGAAGAACGUAAUUUAGAUUGUUAGCAAUAAUAACAACAAAAAAAAACAACACUUCGGAGUACUAGGCUCGGUCCGAGGAGAUUUUUCCUAGUUUGUUUGCCCUUAACAAUAGCCUCGAUUUCAUAGUGGUUCCAGUUCUGGCCGCGUCAAAGCCGCAGGACACGUGGCAUAUCCCCAGUGAGAUAUCUUGUAAACUCAGCAGUGGUGUGAGUAAUAUUCAAAAGGGGAGAUGACCUUCCUCUAGGCAGGGUAUCUCGUGACAAGUGACUGUAAACGAAAAUUCAUGCUCAAGGCCAGGAAGGUGAAACUAACAAAGCGAUCAACAUUACAUUUUGUCGAAACACCAAGCUGUUGAAAUGGGCAACCGUUGUUGUAGUCGAGAAUCGGGCGAUGUGGACAGACCGCUUCUGUAUCAAAAGAUAGAAGGAGAAACGAAGGGGAAAGAGGAUAAAAAGACAACGGAAGAACAAAAAACACUUAACGAAGCAAAAACAAAUGGAGCAGAAGACCAUUCAGUAACGGAAAUAUCUAACAUUGAGGAGUAG